AUGGCUUCAAGAAUUCUUGCUGGUUUGCUUGUUGGGGCCUCUACAACUUUACUCAGGGCUUGUGCUCAGGCUUAUCGUCAGGCACUUGCAAAUGCAUCGAAAUCGGGUGUUGCGCACGAAGCAGUACAGAAUGUUAAGAGAGGAACCAGAGGGAUGGGAGUAAGUGAAGCAGAAGCUAGACAGAUUCUUGGUGUAACCGAGAAAUCAUCUUGGGACGAGGUUCUAAAGAAAUACGACAACUUGUUCGAACGCAAUGCACAAAACGGAAGCUUUUAUCUUCAAUCAAAGGUUCAUAGAGCUAAAGAAUGCUUAGAGGUUGCUUACCAGAAGAAACCGGAUGCAAUUACAACUUCCGCCUAA